AUGUUGGCAAUAUUCCAGAAAGCAUUUGCUCACCCACCAGAAGAACUCAACAGCCCAGCAUCUCACUCCCCAAAACUCCCCGGAGAAACCCUCUCCGACUUCCUCACCCUCCACAAAGACACAGCCUUCUCCAUGACCUUUGGCGACUCCGCCGUCUUAGCCUACUCUCGCCCCGAAACCUCCUCUCUUCGCAAGAAACUCUUCUGCGGUAUAGACGGAAUCUACUGUACCUUCCUCGGCACGUUAACUAAUCUCUGCACGUUGAACCGACAGUACGGACUCACGGGUAAAAACACGAGCGAAGCAAUGUUUGUGAUCGAAGCUUACAGGACGUUACGUGACCGUGGUCCUUACCCUGCUGAUCAAGUCCUCAGAGGGUUAGAAGGAAGCUUUGCCUUUGUGGUUUACGAUACUCAGACAUCCUCUGUUUUCUCGGCUUUGAGUUCUGAUGGUGGAGAGAGUCUUUACUGGGGGAUCUCUGGUGAUGGGUCUGUUGUUAUGUCUGAUGAUGUGAAGAUUAUAAAACAAGGGUGUGCUAAGUCUUUUGCUCCUUUCCCUACUGGGUGUAUGUUUCAUAGUGAGACAGGGCUUAAGAGUUUUGAGCAUCCGAGGAAUGAGAUGAAGGCGAUGCCGAGGAUUGAUAGUGAAGGUGUGAUAUGUGGAGCUAAUUUCAAAGUGGAUGCUUGUUCUAAGGUUAAUGGGAUCCCUAGGAGAGGAAGUGAGGCUAACUGGGCUCUUGCUAAUUCUCGUUAA